UCGCCCCAGUCACUGAGCCGCCGCCGAGGACUCAGGAGCCUCCCCCUCGAGCCCCCUCGCUUCCCGACGCUCCGUCCCCCCUGCCCGCCUUCUCCCGCCGCCGCCUUCCGCAGGCCGUUUCCACCGAGGAAAAGGAAUCGUAUCGUAUGUCCGCUAUCCAGAACCUCCACUCUUUCGACCCCUUUGCUGAUGCAAGUAAGGGUGAUGACCUGCUUCCUGCUGGGACUGAGGAUUAUAUCCAUAUAAGAAUUCAACAGAGAAACGGCAGGAAGACCCUUACCACUGUCCAAGGGAUCGCUGAUGAUUACGAUAAAAAGAAACUAGUGAAGGCUUUUAAGAAGAAAUUUGCCUGCAAUGGUACUGUAAUUGAGCAUCCAGAAUAUGGAGAAGUGAUUCAGCUACAGGGUGACCAGCGUAAGAACAUAUGCCAGUUUCUUGUAGAGAUUGGACUGGCUAAGGACGACCAGCUGAAGGUUCAUGGGUUUUAGUGCUUGUGGCUCACUGAAGCUUAAGUGAGGAUUUCCUUGCAAUGAGUAGAAAAUUUUCCUCUGUCCCUUGUCACAAGUUUAAAAACCUCACAGCUUGUAUAAUGUAACCAUUUGGGGUCCGCUUUUAACUUGGACUAGUGUAACUCCUUCAUGCAAUAAACUGAAAAGAGCCAUGCUUGUCUAGUCUUCAAGUCCCUCAUUUAAACAGAAGUCAAGCAUUAGGCGCCUGGCAGUUUCCAGCCUGAAACAGCAAUAACGUGAUGUUUCAGCCACGCCCAGAACCCCAAGAUCACAGGCAGCUAUGUUUGGCCAGAAGCUCCUUGGCCUUCCCUCUGCAGAGUUCCCUGCCCUGACAGAAUGUCACCACCUGACCAGCCCUCGGUGGAGCUGAGAAAAGAUGGGGUAAGGCACCACAGCAGCCGUACCACACAAAGGGAGCCUUUUGGUGGCAAGAGAAAGAUCCCCUGGUGUCUCCAAGCUUCCCUCUAAUGCGGUGAUAGGACAUCUGGUCUUUGUUCUUUUUGACCAGGUAUAAUAUCCUAGGUAAGGGUUGUCCAAACGAAGAGCCACCAGAAUGAAAGGCCAACCUUCUAUCAGAGUUAAACUUUUGACAAGGGAACAAAUUUCAAACUGAUGUGUUGGUCAUGUUAGCUAGCUAUAGAGCUUGCAUUUUAUUAGCAACAGCUGCCCAAUGCCAUGUGAAGUAAAACUGGUUUUUGGGUCCCCCCCCCUUCAGUUUUAAUGUUAUGUAAUGUAUUUAAACUCUUAUUUAAAUAAAACUUGUUUUCAGAAACA